GAGGGCACGAACUCGCGGCUGGAAAAGCGCGUGAAGAACGAGAAGGAGAUUUCGAACGGCGACCGCCGGCCACAGCAGGAAGACGGUCGCCUCGACACGACUCUUACGAAGCCGCAGGACGCAGUUGCUCGCUGUGCCGGUAGCCUCCCGAAGACACUGCGACCAUGAACGACGAGGUAGCCUCGAAGCGCGACUACGGAGCUGCGACACCUCCAGGUGGGGCACGGCACUCGGUGGCCGGUCAAAACUCUCGGUAUAGCAUAGGCCCCGAUACCAUUCAUCCAACCGGUUCCCCGGUGCAAAAGGGCUCGAACGCUUCCCUGGUUCCAGGAAGUGGACGCGCUUCAAGAGGCACUGGCGGUAAGAAGGAAUUUUCGCCAGCACAGUCACCGUCCGGCUUAGUUUCUUCCGCCGGCAGCUCGCUUCCACCUAAAAGCCCCAAGUCGAAUUGUCGUUCACGUUUGUCUAGUGACCUUUCGCAGCGCAAUUCAGCCGCACACGUUGCCGAAGAGCAUUCGGAACUUCAAGAAGCAAGGGAAGUAGUGCCCGGCAAGGCAUUGAAAUCACCGCCACGUAACGCUUUCGCGUCACGCAAGGGUUCUCCGCCUUCACAACGAGAUGGCUCGCCCAUAGGCUCCCCACCGAAGAUAGGCCGCCCGUCCGCGCAUUUAUCUCCCCCACCUGUCAACGCCUCCCGCACAGCCAAACAGGCCAAUACAAGAAGGAGCGCGUCUCCGCUCGUAGGUGGAAUUCCCAAGAGUUCCGUUCGUUCAGAACGGAUGUCUUCUCCCGGACUUUCCGAAGUAAACGCUACAUUGCCGGCACCCACGAAUAUAGCGGUUAAAAACGCUCAGGCGCUUCCCAAGAACCCUCAGUGCAACAGAAGCGAUCACUCGAAAUUUCCAUCAGGUACGGACGGCGCCGUUAACAGGAAGGAUUCACUUGCGUCCGAAUCAAUUGCCCUUUCAGAGAAGAAAGUGCCCACAGCUGCACAGCGUUCUUUGUCCCGGAAGCAGGGUGCGACUUCACCCAAGGAAAAUUCCACAUCAGUCAAGCGCACCCCACAGAGUGAUGUUUGUUCUACGGGUCCUCUUCUGCAAGAACGCCGCGUCGCAGCGAAAGGCUUCUCGACACCGCCGAAGCAAUCUCCGAACCCUGGGCACACUCCAUCAGGCUACGGGGGUCCAGACAUCAGGAGUGGCGCAGAACGGCUGGGAGAAUCGCCGUCGUCAAUGAGCUCCACGAAUUCUCGGGGUUCACCGGAUGACUAUCCCCGUUUUGCUUCCGGAGGGUCCUCGUCGAUCCCAGGGUUGAUUCCUGCCGGCGAAGCUGCUCCUCGGCUGCCUACACAAUGGAGAGGAAGACCCCGACCGCAAGGGCUUGGACGUGUUGUAACAUCUGAACCACGGAUGAAAGCUUCCCAGCGCCCCCCGCUGCUUGGUCGUGGAUCGUCCGCUUCUCCGAGGCAGGCGUUUUCGAGUCCUGUCGCUAGCGCCCUUUCUGUGCCCACAUGGUCUUCGCCCGGUGUCUACUCGGCCAGAGACGCCUUUCACGGCGGGGCCACGAACAGAUCAUCGCCACUCACGUCCUCGAAGACAACAGACGAGAGAUCGCCCGGCAAAACUUCGUCCCCGUGGAGAGAGGGUUUCUCCACGGCCAUCCGCUGCUGGCUGUGCAAGCCGGCCCUCGCCGUCGUCCUGAUAGCCCUGGUGGCCUCCGUCACGUGGGCUCUGGUGAAGCGUCGUUAUUUCGGGUCACAAGCUCUGAUGGCGUCCGUUUGCCAGUCGCCCGCGUGCCGUUAUUACGCCGACCUCAUCACUUCGACUAUGGACGCACGCGCGAACCCUUGCGACAACUUCUACGGCCACGUCUGCGGCCGCUGGAUGCGGCCGCGGAGGAUGCCCGCCACGCCUAGCGUGGCGGACGCCAACUGGGCCCGUUUUCUGGAUGAAAGCAUGUCGCGUAUCGCCAACCGCUCUUCUUCCGGAAGCGCUGGCGACGCCAAGGACACCGUUCGCAGCGCUGCUCGAUACAUCAAGGUGUGCCUGGCACCGCUCAGACACAGUAACGUGGACGAAGUGAAGCUGGUGUUGGCAGCGGGCGGAAUGUCAUGGCCCUUCGGGCCGGGCUCGGGACAAGCCGAUUUUCUCUCUGCGCUCUUCUACCCUUACAAAAAUCGGUUUGACCUUUCAGUCACUCAUGAGUCACCUAUCAGUCACCCCUGUCACCUAUCUGUAGACUCGACCUUUCUGUAGACUAAGUCCGCAGAAUGUCUGCAGACACCGUGCGGACUGCAAGUAGACUUGUCUGUAAUAUGCGUGC